AUGGCGACGUGGGGCGCGGCGCUGGCAAGGGCGUGGGACAUCGCCUCGCGGGCCGUCUCCACGCGCGGCGGCUUCGAGCCCGCCGUCCGCUUCGCUCCCGGCUUCGGGCCAUUCGCCCUUGCAUGGGGGCGGCGCUUGGUCGGCGUCCUGGGAGGGCUGCUGAUCGGCACGUACUUCGAGCAGAUCGCAAACCUGGCCGCUUCGCUGGCGACUGGGUGGGAGGCCGAGCUCGCAGCUGCGACGGGGCCGCGCCGGGCGAUCCUCCUGCGCCUCUCCGACGAGGGAGGCGCCGCCUCGGACCUCCUCGCCGCCGCGGGGGGCGUGCCGCGGCGGGGCGCCUUGGCCUCGCAGCUAGGGCCAGUAGGGGACGACGAGUUCUUGCGGGCCAGGCUGGCCGUGGGCUUCCCCGAGAGGCCCGUCGGAUCGGCCAUGGCGACCCUGGGCUUCGCCGAGCGGGCCGGCGGCGCUGCCGCUGCGGGCUUCGCCACGCCGCUGAGUCGUUCUCCUGGCCCGAGCCCCGCCGAUCCACCCGCGGCCGAGGGCCUCGCAAUCCCUCUCGGGGAACGCGUAUGCGCAGCUGAGGGCGGGGGGCCGCCUGGGCCGCCACAGUCGGAGCCCCUGUCCCCCGUGGGCCGCCGCGGCGCGCCUCGCUGGCGGGAUCCAGGCACCCCAAUCGGCGGCGAACGCUCUCCGCAGCCUGGGGCCUGGGGCCGCGCUGCAGGGGCCCCGCCGCCCGUGCCGGCGCCGCCCGAGGCAGUGGUGGCGGGGGGCGCCGGCCCCGCUGCUGAGGGUACUAUGCUUCCGCCGGGGGCCGGCGUCGUGCUCUCUGACAUGGAGCCGCUGCUGCCUGCGCUGGAGGCGCCUCCGCCGCCGCCUACCGUGGGCGGCGAGCGGCGAGCGCGGGCGGCCCGCGCUGGCGACGGGCCCCCUGCCAUGGAGCCGCCGCCGCCCGCGCUGGAGGCGCUCCCGCGCCCGCCGGGGGCCACCGAGUUCGCCGGAGGCGCAGCCGGGGCGGGCGCCAGGGCGGGCGCCGGGGCUGCCGGGCCGGCCGCCGGGCCACCGCCGAGCGGCCCAGAGACCCGAGGAGCCCGCUGCGCCUGCCCCUGGGGCGCCGCCGCCGCCGCCGCCGCUGCAGCGCCCCUUCUGCCCGGCGCGCCCGGCGAGGUGCGCGACGUGCAUUUGCCCGCGGACUGGGCGUAUCGCAUCGAGCAGCUGCCCGCCCAGGCCAUGCUGCAUAUCCCCGUGCCAUUCCAGGGGUCGUGGAGCUCACUCCUUGUGAACAGCUUGCGCGGAGUGCUCAGCUGCUGCCGACGCGUGCGCUUCGCAGCCACGUCGGGGCCCAGCCCGGGCGGCGCGCGCCCCGAGCACUUGAAGGAUCUGCUGACUGGGCGGCGCUGGUCGGCGGUGAACCGCUUGCUGCGGGCGCUGGGGGCGUUGAUCGACGGCGCGCGCUGGGGCGUCCCCGCGGUGGCCGCCGGGGUGCGUCAGCACGGCGGCGCCCUCGUGCCGGGUAGUGCGGAGGAGGUUCUGAUCCACGCAAGGCGUGCAUCGGGGGGCGUGCUGCAGGCGGGCGGGCACGCGCCCCCCGCCGCGUUGGACUUGGACCCGCGGAACGCGUUCCCGUCGUUGGAGCGGGAUGCCAUCCGCGCCGCCGUCGAGGAGCAGGCCCCGAACCUGCUCGCAUGGGCGGAGUGGCGCCAGGCCGACAGCAUCGGCGUGCGCCUUCCGUGCGGCGAGCUGCAGCACGUCGACCGCGGCGCGGGGCAGGGGGAUCCGCUGGGCGGGGCCCAAUGCUCACCCGUGCUCGCGAAGGUGGCGGCGGAGGCGCGCGCGGCGGUCGAGGCCGCCGGAGGCUGGGUGUUCGAGGCGCGGCACAUGGGCGACGGGCAGGUCGUCCCCCCCGCGUGGCGCGCGGACAUCUUCCUGCGCGCCGUCGACGCGGCCGCCGAGCGGGCCCUCGGCGACGCGGGCGCCUCUCGGGGCACCGAGUGCGCGCGGCGCACCUGCAAGACUCCAGUUUCGCAGGCCCCUGCGCGGGUGCUGGGCGCCAGCAUCGGGGCGGGGGCUGUGGCGACCCCGCUCUCGGAGCGCACCGUGGGCGCGGCGGCCGCCCGCGCCGCGCUGGCGCCGGCGGGGGGCGCGCGGGCGGAGCUCGCCCUCGCGCGCGCGCGCCUGCACGCGUGCAAGGCGGCGCACCUCGCGCGCGCGGCUGGCCCGGAGAUCCCCGUCGACGCGCUCGCCGCGUUCGACGAGGAGCAAGAGGCGGCGUUGAAGCGUGUUUUGGGCGGGGCGCCGCUGGCGGCCUGCCGCGCCCGGGCGGCCACUGGCGCCGCCGAUGGCGGCCUCGGCCUUCGGCGCGCGACAGCGGUCGCGCCGCGGGCGUUCAUCGCAUCGCGCGUCGAGGCGCGCCCGCUGGUAGCGGCCCCGCGCGGGGGCGGCUUGCAGGCAGCUCUGGCGCGGGCGGUGGCCGCCCACGUGGACGAAGGGCCCCAGUCUGCGUUUGCCAUUUGGUGCGGAAUGCUCCCGCGCAACCUCGCCGCGCGGGCGCAGUGCGUCUCCGUGCAGCGGGUGGCCCGGGCCUUCGAUGAGGCAUUUGGCGGACCGGCGCGGCCGCGCGCGGAGGCCACGGAUUGGUCCGCGGCGGUGGCGCCGGCAGGGAGUGGCGACCCGGAAUUUGGCGAUAUUUCUGCGCAUCGUCAUCAAACCCAGCUGUGCGCCAUUGCAGACGAUGCGUUGCUGGACGAGGUCGUGGCCAGUUCCGAGCGCAGGGGCAGCGGUCCGCCUUGCGCCUCCUGGAGGAGCUGCGGCUCCGCGGCGCAGAUCACACUUAAGCUGUGGCAGCUCCAUCCCGCGCGGUGGCUUCGCCCGGGCGAGUUCGCCACUGCCGUGCGCGUGCGCUUGGGCGCGCCCAUCGCGGAGGGCGUGGCCGUCGGCGCCCUGCGCGGUGCCGAGAUGGACAGCGAGGGCCAGCGCGCCCUCUGCUGCGCCGAGGGCGCUAGCACCCGCGGGCGCAACAAGAUCCGCGACGCGGCCCACUCGCUCGCUUCCCUCGCCGACGGCGCCGCGUGCGCCGAGCCGCUCGGGCUUGGCUGCUGCGAAGGCAUGCGGCGGGAGAAGCUCGCGCGCUGCAGCACCUACCUGCCCGAGCUUGAGCGCGAGGGCGUCUCCUACAGGCCCCUGAUCUGGUCGUGCCGCGGCCAGCCGCGCCCGGAGACUUCUGCGUUCCCCAGCACGAUGGCUUCGGCGGCGGCGCGGCGGCAGGGCUUCGCGAUGGGCGAGCCGCUGCCGCGGCAGGCGCGCGGCGCCAUAGCGGUGCAGCUCUGGCGGAGGGCCGCGCGCGUGGUGCAUGCUUGCCUGCCCCGCCUCUGCGCCCGCGAGGCGGCCGCCGCGCUCGCCCGUGGACGGGCGGCAGUGCCCGCGGAGGAGCUCGGGCGCGCGGCCGAUUUCGACGCCGUGGCAGACGACGACGCGGUGGAUCGCUACUUCUGGCGCACCCGCGACAAGUAA